AUGUCGGAUAGCACUAGUAGUGUACAGGAAACAGAGAGGGUGGCGUUGGCGGAUGUGUCGAUAUUCCCUGCGACGCGAGCGCAGAUUGUGGAAUCGCGCAGGAGAUCGUAUGAGGCGUGGGGUAGGGGGAUGACGUUGGAGGAGUAUUUGGCGAGGGAUGCGGUUAUGGAUGGGCAUGAGGUUGCGAGGGACGGGAAGCUUGUUACUUGGGUGUUGGCGCGGAGGGAUGAUCCCAAGAGCUUGGACUUUUUCUGCUCGAUCGAGACAUUCAAACGCGAGGGAUUCGUGGUGGACGCGGGGGCGGAAAAGGGGAGGGAGGUAGCGUGUUACGGGCUGGCAUCGCUGUUCACUGCACCGCGGCACCGGAAGAAGGGGUACGGGACGCAUCUGAUGCGGAUGGUGCACUGGGUGCUUGCGCCCGCUGAAUGGCUGCCCGAGUUCCCGAGGGAGGUGUGGGGUGCGCCGCCGGAUCGCGCGGGGUCGGGGUGGGCGGACGCGGAGCAGGUGCUGGAGGGACAUGGGGGGGACGCGGCGUUUUCGACGCUGUAUAGCGAUGUCGGGCCGGAGAUUUAUAGGGCGUGCGGGGUUGUGCCGGGCGCUGAGGGGUGGGUUGUCACGGAGCCUGUGUCGAGUGGGUGGAGGGUGGAUGAGGUUGGGGGUGAGGAGGAGGAGGGGUGGGAGUGGUUGGAUUUGCAGGGCGUGGGGGAGUGUUGGAAGGCGGAUGCUGAGCUGAUGAAGCGCGAGAUGGAGGAGAUGGGCGGCGGGGUAUGCGCGUGUUUGCCGGACAAGGGCGUCGGGGAGUUUCAGGUCAUCCGGCGACUGGGGCUGGCAGACAAGUUGGGCAUCGUCCACUGGGGCGUCCGCAGGGGAGAUGCGUAUGCGAGCUGGACGGUCGAGGAGCAGAACGGGGCGCCUGUGCUGCUCGUCACGCGGCUAAGGGCGGGGAGAGAGGAUAUUGGUAAGCUGGCGCGGGUUGUGGCUGGGCAUGGGGGUCGACAUGGGAUAAAGGAUGUGGAGGUCUGGGGACUGCGGGAGCAAUUUGCAGGAUUCGUCAGGACGUGGGUAAGAGAGGACCAUUUGUCGAGCAUAAAGAGCUACAGCGGAGACCUGCGCUGGGUGUUUAACGAAAAGUAA